AUCCUUCAAUUUGCACAGAUCGCUUACACCAGUGUGCCAUGGCGGUGGGUAACCCCGGCAAAGCGCGCUUGAACAUUGGUCAGCGAUUUCUGCAAACACCAGAGGGCAGGCUCUACCGGGCCGCCAAAGAUGGCGACAUCGAAGGAGUUGCUGCCGCAUGUGCUGAAGGUGCCAAGUUAGAUGUGCCGCAUCCAGAGUUCGGGUCCCAACCUGUGGUCAUGGCCACCCUCAACGGCCACACCGAGUGCGUCCACUACCUGCUGGAAGAGCGAGCGGACGUGGAGCAGCGCAACAAGUUCGGUUGGACACCGCUACUUGCAGCGUGCUCCAAAGGCAAUGUGAUGAUGUCGGGCUACCUCAUCGCGCGCAUGGCCGACGUCUCUGCCCAGGACAAAUUGGGACGCACGCCUCUGCACAAUGCCGUGGCUGCGGGGUGUGAUGAGUUGGCCAAAGGUCUAUUGGAGGAGAAGGCGGAUGUGAAUGCCCGCACCAAGGAUGGCAAAACGGUCCUGUCCAUCGAACUGGGGCGACCGAAACGUCAAAGUAAGGAGCUUGAGAAUCUGUUGACGGAGAAGAUGGGUUUGCCGUUUCCCAAGGGAUACGUGAAGAACAUGCUGCAAGAUCUGCCGCCCUCCUUCGCGUUGCUGUUCCCGGGCCAGGGCUCCCAACGGCUUGGGAUGCUGGGCUGGGCCGAAGAUCACGAGAUCGCUUGGCCGAUGAUCCAAAAGGCCAACGAGAUUUUGGGCUACGACCUCUUCGAUCUCACCGAGAUUGGCCCGGAGGAGAAGUUGGACGAGUUGGAAAUUUGCCAAGCGGCGAUUUUUGUGGCCGCUAUGUGUGGCCUGGAGUGGCUCAAAGAUCAGGAGGGCAAGGACAAGGGCGAUGCAGCCGCGGCCGCGGGCAUGUCCUGUGGUGAAUUGGCGGCCUUGUGUACGGCAGGUUGCUUUAGCUUCGAGGAUGGUGUUCGUUUGGCCCGUCUACGGGGGGAGUUGAUGAAGAAAGCCGUGGAGGAGCAGAAGGAAGCGCAGAAGAUGAUCUCAGUGGUUGGUCUCACAGAUGAUGAGGCGGAAAGUCUCUGCGAGGAUGUGUUGGCGAAAACCGCUGGAACCUGCCAGGUGGCCAAUCGCCUCUUCCCUUGCGGCGUGGCGUUGUCGGGCACCUUGCGCGCAGUGCAAGCGGCCAAGGCAUUGGCCAAGGAGCGGGGUGCUCAGAAAGUGGCGGACUUGAAAGGCUGCAACGCAGCGUUCCACACGGAGUUGAUGAAACCGGCUGAGGCCGACUUCAAGCAGCAUUUGCUCUCCAUGCUGCGUAGCGACACGUUGAAAUCCCCUGAGAUUACCGUCUACUCCUCUCAGACCGGUGAGCGCUGGCUUCCGGGCACACCCGCCUCCACCAUCGCGGAGGGGCUGGUGCAAGGUUUGAGCUCUCCAAACCAAUGGGAGGACACCUGCCGCGCGAUCAUCGACGAUGGUGUGGAGUUCUUCUGGGAGAUUGGACCCAUGAAGCAGCUGAAGGCCAUGAUGAAACAUAUCGACUACAACCAGUGGAAGCACAUGAAGUGUAUCGACUGCUGAUGGGCGGGCUAGCCGCGCAAGAG